UGCUAGAGGAAGGAAGACACAGAAAUAUUGCUUUUUUAAAUUAUUUUUUAUUGUUCAAAAAUAUUUUAUAGUUCUUGAAUAUGUGUUGAUAAAAAUUAAUUAAACAAUUCCUAUUAUAAUAAAUUAAAAAAUUAAAAUAAUACACAGAGAAAGAAAAUUAUAAAUAUGAUAUAAUGAGAAAAUAUUUGGACGCAUAUUUUAUAAUAAUAAUAUUAACACGCAUAUUUUAUAAUAAUAACGUAAAUUAAGGCUUUUGUCGGAAUUCCGACAAAAUAUAUUUCAAAAGGUCGUUAUGUCAUCAAACGAAUGAUCAAUUGGUUAUAAUAGACAAGUCCCCCGCGGACAACAGGCUGGCUUCAUUGCGCAAAGAACGAUUGGUGGAUCCAGUUAUCGUAUUAGCUUUCGCCGAUGCACUGAGAGUAGUCACGCGAGCGCAUUCGCGGUCUUCAGUCACGUUUCAACCACCUGUAGAAUCCUACUUCAUUUGAAAGAUAGCGCGUUGUCGAAAAGCUUCGUGAAUCAUCUGAUUACUUGUAACGAAAACUGAAAGCAUACAGUUACAAACAAUUAACACUAACUGCAAGUGUCUUUAUCGUGCAUUAUAUACAGUUUAUCUAUUAAAAACACAUGAUGCAGCAUACAAUUCUUGUUAUUGGUAGCGGUGGUAGAGAACAUGCAAUAUGUUGGAAACUGUCUCAGUCAUCACAUGUAAAACGAAUUUUGGUUGCCCCAGGAAAUGCUGGUAUCAAACUAGUGGAUAAAGUACAAUUAAUUGAAUUAGAUAUUAAGAAUACAAAGGAAGUUGCCAGAUGGAGCAAGGAUAAUAAUAUUGAUUUAGUUGUGGUUGGACCAGAAGAUCCUUUGUCUCAAGGUUUAGCGGAUGAUCUAGGCAAUGUUGGAGUAAAAUGUUUUGGACCGCAGAAACAAGCAGCCCAAAUUGAGGCUAAUAAAGAUUGGGCAAAACAAUUUAUGGACAGACAUAAUAUACCUACUGCUAGAUGGCAAGGUUUUACAUCAGCUGUAGAUGCACAGAAGUUUGUUAAAACUGCUCCAUUUAAAGCACUUGUGGUGAAAGCCUCGGGCUUAGCUGCUGGUAAAGGUGUUGUUGUUGCCAAGGAUCAACAAGAAGCUUGUCAAGCAAUAGAUGAAAUAUUAACUAAUAAGAAAUUUGGAGCAGCUGGUAAUAUAGUUGUCAUAGAAGAACUUUUAGAAGGCGAGGAAGUAUCUGUACUUGCGUUUACAGAUGGUAAAACUGUUGUGCCUAUGAUGCCUGCACAAGAUCACAAAAGGAUUUUUAUUGGAGAUACUGGACCAAAUACAGGUGGAAUGGGUGCUUACUGUCCAUGUCCACUGUUAACUGAAGAAGAUUAUGAACAAGUGAAAGUAAAUGUUCUUCAAAAAGCUGUUAAUGGGCUCAGAAAGGAAAACAUUCCGUUUGUCGGUGUACUGUAUGCUGGUUUGAUGUUAACUAAGGAUGGCCCUAAAGUCUUGGAAUUUAACUGUAGGUUCGGAGAUCCGGAAACGGAAGUAGUGUUACCGUUAUUGACAUCAGACUUGUUCACAAUUAUGAAGGUUUGUUGCGAGGGAACUUUAGACGCGUCUCAUGUUACAUGGCAAGAAGAUGUAUUCGCUGUUGGUGUGGUUUUGGCGUCUCGUGGUUAUCCAGCGACAUCGUCUAAGGGUCAAGUUAUAACUGGCACAUCUGAAAUAUCACGUAGACAGGACCACUUCGUGUUCCACUGCGGAACGGCUAUUUCAGAAGGCGAUUUAGUGACUAACGGUGGAAGAGUUCUUAUUACCGUGAGCAUCGCACCGACCUUAGCGUUAACGGCAGCCAGAGCUACACAAGCUGCAGAACAUAUAUCCUUCGACGGAAAGCAAUUCAGGACGGACAUUGCGCAUAAAGGAAUCGCUAGAGCUAUCUUGCAGAAAGGAUUAUUAACGUAUAAAGCAGCAGGCGUAAACAUAGACGCUGGCGACAAUCUCGUAUCGGCUAUCAAACCAGCCACUUGUUCUACUAAACGUUCUGGUACUUUAGGAUCUAUUGGCGGAUUUGGCGGUCUGUUCGAUGUAAAAGUCGCGGGUUAUAAGAAUCCUAUUUUAGUGUGCGGUACCGAUGGCGUUGGUACUAAAUUAAAGAUAGCAUUUGAAUGCAAUAAACAUGACACAGUAGGUAUAGACUUGGUAGCCAUGUGCGUGAAUGACAUUCUCGCACAUAACGCGGAGCCGCUAUUUUUCUUGGACUAUUUCGCAUGCGGCAAGCUCGAUGUCGGGGUAGCCACGACAGUUGUGAACGGAAUAACCGAGGGUUGCAAAUUGGCAGGAUGUUCUCUGAUUGGUGGAGAAACAGCCGAGAUGCCCGAUAUGUAUGCCGAAGGGGAAUACGACUUAGCGGGUUUUGCGGUGGGUGCGGUCGAAAAGGACAAUUUACUGCCUCGUGUGAAUGACAUAAAAGAAAACGAUGUUGUGAUCGGCCUUCCAUCCAGUGGUGUGCAUAGUAAUGGCUUCAGCUUAGUGCGAAAAGUAUUGAAAAUCGCCGACAAGAAGUACUCUGAUGUAGCACCUUUUUCAAAGAGCAACAAAACUAUUGGUGAAGAACUAUUGGAACCAACGAAAAUUUACGUGAAAAGCGUUAUUUUCGCCUUACGGACCAAUCUGGUGAAAGGAUUCGCACACAUCACCGGCGGAGGUCUCACAGAAAAUAUACCAAGAAUUUUAUCUGAAAACUUGGGUGUAACGUUAGACGCGACUAAGUGGAAUGUUUUGCCAAUUUUUAGCUGGUUGGCCGCGGCUGGUGGCAUCAACAAAUACGAAAUGUUAAGAACGUUUAAUUGCGGCAUUGGUGCUGUUUUAAUAUGCUCCGAGAAAGAUAAGCUUGAAGUUUUAAAUGAGUUAAAAAACGAAAAUCCUGUGAUUAUUGGAAGCGUGAAUAUACAUAGUAGUGGCAAGACUAAGGUGGAAGUGAAAAACUUUGAAAAAGUCCUCGAGUUGGAGAUGAAACAAUAUAUUCCCGGCUUAGUUGCAACAUUGAGCAAACCUCUAAAAAAAGUUGCCGUUUUGAUAUCUGGAAGUGGGACGAAUCUCCAGUCGUUAAUUGAUGCUACACAAGAUCCGUCUCAGCGCAUAGGAGCAGAAAUUGUUUUGGUGAUUUCAAAUAAGCCUGGUGUCGAAGGACUAAAACGUGCUGAGAGAGCCGGCAUUAAGACAGUGGUAAUUAAACAUACUGAUUAUCCAAAUCGUGAAACCUUUGAUUCGGCCAUGAAUGUGGAACUUCAUGCUGCUGGAGUAGAAAUAGUAUGUCUAGCCGGCUUUAUGCGAAUUCUCUCGGAGAUGUUUGUAAAACACUGGAAAGGAGCUUUGUUAAAUAUUCAUCCGUCGCUGCUGCCGUCUUUUAAGGGAGCAAAUGCGCACAAGGACGUUUUAGCGGCGGGUGUACGUGUCUCGGGUUGUACUGUGCAUUUCGUCGAGGUUGACAUAGAUUCAGGAGCUAUCGUCGAACAACAAGCGGUACCUGUGCUACCAUGCGAUACUGAAAAAAUCCUGCAAGAACGUGUAAAAGUAGCGGAGCAUCAAGCUUAUCCUCGUGCUUUAAAACACUUGGCAACUGGACGAAUAAAACUAAAAGAAGACGGUACCCUUCAUUGGAAUUUCUAAAUCAUACAUGUAUACGCAUGCAACAAAAAACUUCGUAAAAGAAAAAUUAAAUUUUUAUAUUGUUAUUCA